AUGGCGUUCAGCUCGGGUGAAAAUAGCCGACGACCAGUCAGAAUCGCCAAUUGCUCAGGUUAUCAUGGGGAUCCUGAAUAUGAGAUGUAUCGCCAGGCCACUUUGGGCGAUGUUGAUUUCAUUACAGGUGAUUACCUGGCAGAGGUCAAUAUGGCAAACAAUGCUCAAGCUUUCAAAUCCGGGAACCACCCUGGAUACGAGGAAACAGCGUGGGAAGGCCUCAAGCAGACCAUCGAUGUCAUUGCCGAAAAGGGGAUUAAAGUUGUAAUCAACGGGGGUGCCCUCAAUCCCAAGGGAUUGGCUCUCAGGGUGGACGAACUGGCCCGCAAGAAAGGGCUUGCUUUGCGAGUCGCUUACUUGGAAGGAGAUGAUCUGUACCCAAAGUUCGGUCCUAACAUGCCCCGAUCUGCAGAUGAACUGAAGCAUCUUGAUGCUGGAAACCAAUUCGUGAAGCCUGGCCCCCUUACUUAUGCAUUCACCCAUUCUGAAAAGCCCGUGCCCAUGGUAUCGGCACACGCAUACCUCGGGGCUCGAGGUAUUGUGGAAGGGCUCCGCCGUAAGGCUGAUAUUAUCAUCUGCGGUCGUGUAGCAGAUGCUAGUCCUGUUAUUGCCGCCGCCUGGUACUGGCAUUCUUGGGAUGAGUCUGACUACGACCGUCUUGCGGGCUCCCUGAUUGCAGGUCACCUCAUUGAAUGUUCGGCAUAUGUCACUGGUGGCAAUUUCUCUGGAUUUGAUCGCUACCCCAUUGACACUUUGGUUGAGCCUGGCUUCCCCAUUGCGGAAAUUGAUGCAGAUGGCUCGUGCAUUAUUACGAAACAUUUAAACACGGGUGGCAUGGUGAAUGUUGAUACGGUCAAGUGUCAAUUCCUAUACGAGCUUCAAGGAAAUGUCUAUCUGAACAGCGAUGUCAGCGCUGGUUUAGACGACGUUGUUGUUGAACAAGUUGGGGAGGAUAGGGUUCGUGUAAGUGGUAUUCGUGGAUACCCUCCCCCGCCAACCACGAAGCUAGCGGUCUUCUACCCCGGUGGUUUUGAGUCUCAACUCCUACUCAACGCCACUGGUUAUGGAACCACUCGGAAGUGGGAUCUGAUUGAAACCCAACUUCGUCACUUUAUCCCAAAGGAGGCAAUGGAGCGCAUUGAUACCCUUGAAUUUCAAAGAAUCGGUGUUCCCGCUCCUAAUCCUACGUCGCAGCAGCAAAGUACCACAUAUCUUCGCAUUUUCGUUGCUGCGGUCGAGGCUGAUGCCGUUCUCGCUGUGGCAAAAGCAAUGAAAGAUGUUUCUCUCAAACAUUUCUCCGGUUUCCAUUCUUCCCUCGAUAUGCGUACAGCAGUCCCCCGCCCGAUCCUAGCAUACUAUCCCGCCCUCGUUGAGCAGAACGCCCUUGUCGAGUCGAUCGUUCUUAUCGAUGGACCCGAGUCUUUCACCGCGUUCCCAAUAGGCUAUCCCUCAUCAUACGAAGAUCUCCAGCCUCGCUUAAGUUACGAUCACAGUCCAUCAAAUGAUGAAGUAGCGCUUCUCCAAUCUCCCACACGGUCGAUCAGACUCGGCGACAUUGCUCUAGCCCGUUCAGGCGACAAAGGAGCAAAUCUCAACUUUGGAAUAUUUGUCCCCAACGCCGAACAUUGGCCUUGGUUGCGCUCUUAUAUGAGCCGUGAGCGUGUACGCACUAUGAUGGCCGCUGACGACGAUUGGGACGAGUCCUUCCUGGUCGAGAGGGUGGAAUUCCCACAUAUUCAUGCCGUGCACUUUGUGAUUUAUGGAAUUCUUGGAAGGGGUGUUAGUAGUUCAAGUCGACUGGAUGGAUUUGGUAAGGGAUUUGCGGAUUAUUUGCGGGAUAAGAUUGUUGAGGUCCCGGUGCAGAUUUUGGAUUGA